CGAGCCGCCGGGGAAAUGACGCUCGCUCCGGGAUGCGGCGAUGUAUUUGUCCCCGCGCGGACGGCAAACCGCUCGCAGCUCAGUUACGUCACUGGCGGCCUGCGCUCAGGUGAGUCCCUGAACGGGGAGGUCAGGCGGCUGCCUCUCUGCGGCAAGCCCGAGGACCAUUAGGCCCCACCGGCAAAUGCCUAGCUACUGCAAGGUCGGGUCUAAAGUCAGGAGGGCGAAUACGACCUAUCUCAAAUCCCUUUUAAAUUUGCAUGUAAUCAAGUAGGGUAUAUAUUGGUGACCGUUGAAAGCGAAUAUUUUGCAGGCUGUUCUUGACCUGCUGAGAUCAGUUCAGUUAUUGUUUAUCCCAUGGAGCAGAACCUUCCUUGUGAUAAAACAAACGUCGGCAAAUUGGUGAAUUCAUCCCGUGUUGUGUGGUGUGAAGCUGCACCUAUCUCUGCAUCUGAUUCAAAAACUUGGCAGAAAUCGGCUGCAUAUUCCCACGAUAGGUUUAAUUCUGUGCUUCGCUUCAGCUGAUCAAAGAGGUUAAACUAAGUUACUUAAAAGAAGAGGCUACAAUACUAGAAUUGCAAUUAAUGAAUAUCGAAAGGAAAUAAUCAGGAUGGAAGAUGCUUUUGCUGUGUUCUGUGGCCUUGCCAACAAAAAUAAUAGUCUUAAACCAAAUGAAGUGUCUUUCAUUGAAGAAAUUUGUUUCACUGAAGGUGUAAACUUCCUUGUACAUUUGGGAUUUGUACUUUGUUCUCUUGUUGGCCUUAUUGUGAUUAAGUGCAGACGGAGUUUCAUUACCACAUUUCAUAUUGAUAGUGGCUUGAGAGGCUGGAUUCAUUUUCCACGGCACACUAUUCGAUGGAUAUUAACAUUCUUCUACAUCUUUAUAUCUGCCUGUUGUUUAGGAGAUGGCAUUUUGUCACAGUUGUACUCAAAGUUUGACAGACCAUUUAUUUAUAUACCCGAUGCAGCACAACUAGUCUCUUGCCUUCUUUCAAUCAUCUACUAUGAUGUAGCUGAAAGUGCAAAUGCACCCAUGCUUUUGGUGCUCUUUAUCUUCCACUGGCCUGCUGCCUUUAGCAUUAAUGUAUUCAAGGUAUAUCAGCUAUAUUCACAGAAAUUCAUCAUCAGUGAUUUGACUUUUCUUCUAGUUUGUAUCUUGGUUUCAAUAUAUGGAUUCUUUCUCAUUCUGGAACUCAGCAUAUUUUUUAAAAAGGGUUACUUCUGUCCAGGGUAUUCCAGAGACACCCCACCUUUGGAACUACAAGACCCAGAAAACAAAUUUCACCAACCUUAUGUCAAUAUUUUGUCACAGAUUACAUACACGUGGAUUUCAUGGCUUUUAAAAAGUGGUUAUCACGAGCCAAUUAAGAUGGAAGAUCUAGGGGGACUCCCUCAGGAAGAAACUGCGCUGAAAAAUUAUGAUUUAUUAAAGAUGUGUUAUGAUAAGCAAAAGGAAAAUAAACCUUCAGGAACAGCAGGAUCGCGAGACCUAGGAAAGGUUUAUUUCAAGGCUUUUGGUGGGCCUUUCCUGAUAGCAGCAGUUUUGAAGAUUAUAGGUGACCUAGCAGGAUUAGGUGGGCCACUCUGCAUUGAUGGUAUUCUCAGAUUUGUGUCUGCUGAGUCAAAGGAAUCGGAGAAGGGAAUACAUUUUGUGAGUUUCUGGGAAUUUACUAGUAAUGGAUACGUAUUGGCAUUCCUGAUGCUGUGUACAGUUCUUCUUCAGAAUGUUUGCUUACAGAUUUCAUAUUACAUUGUUAUCCGGGAUGGAAUACACAUAAAGGCAGCUCUGCAGGCAAUGAUUUACUUGAAAGCCUUGUCAUUGCCUAUGUGGACUUUCAAUGGGGGCCAUCUGACAGUGGGCCAGAUCAUCAAUCACAUGUCAAUAGAUGCUUUUCAAAUAAUGAUGGCAGCAUUUAUGGGAUACUAUAUUAUUGCAAUUCCGAUACAGAUUAUACUGGCAGUGCUAUUACUCUAUAGCCAGUUGGGUUAUAGUGCUUUGAUUGGAGUAUCUAUCAUCGUUGUGCUCAUCCCCCUUCAGUACUUUAUCUCAAAGCGAUUUAUUUCUAUUCAGAGGAAAACAAUGGAAUAUUCAGAUGAAAGGAUCAAAAAAUCAAACGAAAUGCUGCAGAGCAUAAAGCUUUUGAAGCUUUACAGUUGGGAAGGUAUCUUUAUCAAGGCUGUUGAGAUGGCAAGGGAGAAGGAGCUGAAGUAUAUGCUGAAAGGAGCUGUUUAUGUCAUUGCAUCAUUGUUUCUCACCCAGGUGACACCUCUUUUAGCAACAAUGGUGACUUUCACCAUUUAUUCCAGUUUGAAUGGAUCGCCACUGACUGCCAACAAGGCUUUUUCAGCGCUGGCACUUUUUGAUAAAUUUAAUGCUCCGCUACUUUUGCUCCCAGUGAUUGUAAGAAUAACAGUGAAUGCAGUUGUCAGCACUUGUCGAUUAGCAUCUUUCUUUAACACUGAGGAACUGAAACAAAUGACAGCAUCCAACAUUGCAUCUAAAGAAGCAGAAUACUGCUUGACCCCUCCUGGCACAUCUGGCAAAAAUGGAAAAAUGCCUGUUGAACCUAUGCAGCCAGAAGGAAAAGAUGUUCCUGGUCAUUCUAACAACUACAAUGGUUCUUUAGCCCACUCAGACAGACCCUAUCUGGGCUCUAUACUUAAUUAUCCCAAUGGAGCAAAGCCAGAUGAAAGCAAUAUAGAUGAUGUGGAACUCCUUCCUAAAUGCAGUUUUGGCAAUGUGCUGGAGAUCCACAAUGGCUAUUUUGCAUGGGAUAGCAAUUCUGACAGAUGUAUCCUUCAGGAUAUCUCAGUAAAAAUUUCCAAAAGCAAAGUUACAGUUAUUAUAGGCAAGGUUGGAAGUGGAAAAACAUCGCUAAUAUCUGCCAUAUUAGGAGAAAUGACAGCGCUCUCCGGUCAUGUGGUGUGGGCAUCAGCCAAUCAGCCGCUAGCGUAUUCUGCACAGACAGCAUGGCUGAGGAAUGCUUCUUUACAGGAUAACAUUGUGUUUGAAGAAAGAUUUAAUGAAGAGCGUUUUCAGACUGUGAUCAAAGUCUGUGCUCUUCAGUCAGAUAUCGAUGUUUUACCAGCUGGGCGGUUCACAGAAAUUGGUGAAAAGGGUAUUAAUCUGAGUGGUGGCCAGAAACAGCGUGUUAGUGUUGCACGGGCUCUUUACUCAAGAUGCUCUGUUGUAAUACUGGAUGAUCCUUUAUCAGCCCUGGAUGCACGUGUGGGAAGUCAUGUCUUCCACCAAGGGAUCAUGGGAAUGUUAAAGAAGGAAAACAGAACAGCCAUCUUUGUAACACACAAAUUGGAAUAUGCUGAGGAAGCUGACUAUAUAAUUGUUAUGCAGGAUGGGAAGAUUGAAAUCCAGGGUACCUACCAGGACAUUUCUCAACAAAAUCCAAAUCUGAUAAAAGCUUGGAAAAGCCUGACGGCAAAAGGUGACCAUAAAGAAGAAAAGGAAACUGAAGGUGAAGUGGUAGAUGAAGUUUCAAAAAUUCAGAAAAAACCUGAUGAUAAUUUGAGUGGAAAACUGAUUCAAGAAGAGGAAAGAGAAGAAGGAUCCAUAUCCCUAAAAAUCUAUUGGCUUUAUGCCCGUGCCAUUGGCCAUUCCUUUUUGUUUUUUUUAAUUUUUGCUGUAAUAAUGAAACAAAGCUUUCUGGUAGCUGUUGAUUUCUGGCUAGCUGAUUGGUCAUCUGCAGGGAACCAUUCGGAGACGACUGCAACUCAGAAUGAAAAUGAUGUGGAAAGUGGCUUUUUGAAUUGUUACCUCUAUGGAUACAUCGGGCUGGCUUGUGCUGGAGUCUUAUUUGCAUUGUUCAGUUCCUUUGCACAUGUCAUUUCAGGUAUCCGUGCUUCAAAAUAUCUCUUCACAAAUAUGCUGCAAAACGUUACAACCCUUCCAUUAAGAUUCUUUGAAACCACACCUGUUGGAAGAAUUCUAAACAGAUUUUCAUCCGAUUUCAAGACCAUAGAUGAUCAAAUUCCCUCAAACCUGGAGCGCCUAUUGUGGCACAUUAUGAUGUGUUUAAGUGCCAUUGUGAUCAAUAUUAUCGUGACUCCGUUUUUUCUUCUUCCAGUGAUUCCCUUACUUGUUCUCUACUAUUUUCUUCAAAUGUAUUUCAGAGCAUCCUCCAGGGAACUUCAGCGGUUGGACAGCAUUACCAAAUCACCUGUGUUUUCACAUUUUUCGGAGACCCUUGGAGGUCUGACAACUAUCAGGGCAUAUAGACAUGAAGACAAGUUUUUUCAACAAAUCCUUAACAAGAUUGACUAUAACAACAUUGCUUAUUUAUAUCUGAACACAGUGAACAGGUGGUUGGGAAUACGACUGGAUUUAAUUGGAACAAGUAUUGUCUUUGCUUCAGCACUCUGCUCAUUAUUGACAACAACACUGGGCUACCUGCAAGCUGGACUCGUUGGCCUUGCUAUUGUAUAUGCUUUAAAGAUGUCUACUUAUUUGAAUUGGUGUGUCCGGGAAUUUGCAGAUAUGGAAAUGCAGAUGAAUGCCGUUGAGCGGGUGAAUCACUACUCUGCACUUCCAUCUGAACAGCAAUUUAAAGAAUCACAAAUUGACACAGGUUCAAAUCUUACCAACUGGCCACACUCUGGAGAAAUAGAGUUUAAUGAGGUCAGUGUUCGAUAUGAUGAGAAACUUGAUCCCGUUGUCCACAAACUGACACUAAAAAUUAGCCCUGGAACAAAAGUUGGAAUCUGUGGGCGAACAGGAAGUGGGAAGUCAAGCCUGACAUUAGCCCUUCUGAGAAUUAUUGACAACUUUGAAGGUUAUAUAAAAAUUGAUGGAUUAGAUAUUUCCUCAGUCACAUUGGACCAUUUGAGGAAAGCAAUCUCAAUAAUUCCUCAGGAUCCUAUUCUGUUCAAUGGCACUAUCAGAUUUAACCUGGAUCCAGACUUGGUACAUAGCGAUGAGGAAUUGUGGGAUGCUUUAGAAGUUGCACAGUUGAAACCUAUGGUCAGUGAGCUCCCAGAGGGACUGAACACCCUUGUAACGGAAGGGAGUGAAAACUUCAGCCUGGGCCAGAGACAGCUUUUCUGCAUCGCUAGAGCCCUUAUCAAGAAAUCAAAAAUUACUAUUAUGGAUGAGGCCACAGCAUCUGUUGAUAUGGAAACUGAUGCUGCUUUCCAAACUGUUGUCCACACAGCAUUCCCGAACAGUACAGUACUUAUUAUUGCUCAUCGUAUACGUACUAUUAUGGAUUGUGAGAGAGUUCUAGUUAUGGAACAAGGGAAGAUUAUAGAAGAUGGAGACCCACAAAUCCUUCAACAAAGUGAUGGUUUAUUUGCUAAAUUAGUCAAGGCAGCCAAAUGAUGGAUAGAAUCUAGAACAACUGCUAAUAUGUUGCAUGUAUCUUUUUAAAUACUAUACAGUGGGAAAUACCAGCAAGAGGAACCCUUGCCAAAAGAAGCUAUUCUAUGGAAUAGAAUACAAUGUAUUGAUGUUUUUUUAAAACACUUUAUUAUUCAUUGAAUCCAAAGUAAUUUGAGAGAAUUUCAUUUUGGUGCUUUUUGUGAAAGUGGUAUAUUAAAUUUCCCACUAUAUGGUAUGGUCCAUUAAUUUCUAGAUAUGUUUUAUUUUAAAAUAUUGUAAAUUGUCUUUAUAAAAAGACUGAACUGUAUGUAGGUAUGUCACUGAAUCUAUUUACACAUUUGUUUAUUGUGGCUAUUCCUAAAUCAAUAAGGUAAUAGUUAGCCACAGUCCAACCCAUAUUCUGUAUGUCACUUAACAGUUAGUAAAAAAGUUUAAUUUAAGAAAAAAGUCAAUUGGUAAUUUUUCUUUUAGUAUUAUGGGUGAAUAACAGAAAAACUUUGGAACUAGAUUUUUUUUUUCUACCCAGUAUAAUGAGAGCCUUUUUAUAUUUAAAAAAUGUACUAAUUAGAAAAAAGAUUUAAGUAACAAACUAGCUACUAGUAGAUUCAGAUUGGUAGUUUAUGAAAACAGUCAUGUACAUUGUUUGGCAUUGACACAAAAUUUAACGCAAGAUCAAGAAAAUAUUUUAUAAAAUCCUGUCAUUUCACUAGCUGUCUGUUGGGCUCCGAAUGGUCCAGGUUUUGCAGUGACAAUGAUGGGAAAACUGUCAAUAUUCACCAUCAUCACUCCUCUGAAACUGACAGCAACUUUGGAGUUUACAUGCAUCAGUUAAGGGUGGAAAUGCAGAAGUUGCUGUCAGUGCUUUUACAUUUCUCCAUAAGGUGUGCCUUUGGAUCCCAAUAGACUUUAAUCAAGUAGAAAUGACUGAACUGAAGAGGUUUCCCCCUUUUAUGCAAUUAGUCUUGCUAUACAAAUAUUUUAAAAUUACAGUUUCUUUUGAGAUGUAAAUGGGUUUUUAAGUUCAUAAUUACU